UCUCGUCUCCAAAGAAUAAGCAGCAAGAACAGGACUUCUCAACUGAUAAUUCCGAUUCUGUAGUCGACCUUUUAUAACAAACCCAAAUUCCUCUUUCUCUCUCAUUGAAAAUUUGGAAUUAGAAUUAGGCCAAGAUGGUGACUGGUUGCUAUCAUUCUCUCAAGUGUUUUACUCAUGAAUAUGUGAAAUUCUCCAGUUAGGUGCUGAGUCCGUUUCUCUCUUAACAAAAUUCAAACGUGCUAUGAUUUUUCCUUCAAACUGCUCUAAAUUUCUCUGUUUCCUCUGUUUCGUUCCUUCAAACUGAAUUUUUCAUAGUUGUUUAAAAUAAAUCCAUGGCCAAUUUCCAAACACCUUUCCUCUCACCACCCUUUUCAUUUCUCUGAAUAUGGAUUUUUAUUCUCGAGUUUUCUAUCAAAACCUGUUUUUGUUACUUGCUACCGUUUUGGUCUCUGUUUCCAUCUAUUUGCUUCCUCUGUUCAGCUUCAUCCCCACAUUGUUCCUCAGAUUAAGAAGGGGUCACGCUCCUUUAAACGACAAUUCAGAUUUUUUUGACGUUCUGCCUGAAGAAGAAGACCAAAAAGAAUCCGACAAUGUUAAGUCUGAGAAAGAAUUAGAACCCAAGUUCGAAGAUUUUGAGGAAGUUGUUGAGUAUGCGGAUUCAGACAAGAAUGACAAGUUGCAGAAAACUGAGUUUUGUUUUAACUUUAAAUUCCCAACCUAUGAGGAAUUUAGUAAGAGCAAGAAUGAAACUGCUGAACUUGUCACCUCUGAGUUUGUAUCUGUGAAGAAUUAUAGCAGCUUAAUUCAAGAACCAGAAGUUGUGAACCUGAAUGUUAAAGAAACUGUUUCUAUUCCAAUACAUGUUCCUAGUAAAAAAGAAGUCAUUCAGGAGGAAGAUGAAAUUAAAGAAAUUGAGGGAAUGAAAUUCAUGAUAGGAGAAUCAGAUACUGUAUGCAAACAAUUUUUAGGUGAUUCAGAUUUUACUGAUGACUUUCUGUUUCAAUCAGAAAAAGAUUCGUUGAGUACAGAUUCAGAUUCUGUAUCUGUUGGUUUUGAGCAUAUGCGUUCUCUUAUGAGCAGGUUAGUAAAUUCCUACAGUGAUGGAUUUUUAUCAGAUGAUGACUUUGGAGGUGAAUGUGAGCUUGAUUCUUUGAAUGAUAUUAAUGCUUAUUAUUCAGAAGCAAAAAAUCUUGAAUUGUCUGAAGAAAGUCUUGAAACUGAGAAUUUUGAGGACAGUGAUCAUGAUAUAAUGGAAGAGUUGAGCAAAUUAGAACAAGAGGAUUCAGAAUUUUUAUCACAGAAUGAUUUUAAUGAAGAUUUGGACACGGCUAAAGUUGUAGAAUUUGUUACAGAAGAUGACAAGUUAAUAAUAAAUGGUUCAAUAGAGUCUGAAAAUCUCAAGUCAAACAAUGCAGCGGUUGUUGAUUCAACUGGGGAUGCAAACAAAUUAGAGUCAUUGUGGGAACAUCAAGAAUUGAUUGAACAAUUAAAGAUGGAAAUUAGAAAAGUCAGAGCCACGGGUUUGCCUACUAUUUUGGAAGAAUCUGAGUCUCCAACAAUGGACGAAUUACAACCAUGGAAGAUUGAUGAAAUGCUUCACCGUGAAGAUUGCAUGAGCGAACUUCACAAAUUCUACAAGAGUUACAGAGAAAGAAUUCGCAAAUUUGACAUUUUGACGUAUCAGAAGAUGUAUGCAAUAGGUUAUUUGCAGAAAGAUCCUCAAAAAGAUCCACUGCAAUUACUCUUCAACCAGAAAUCUUCAGGUCCAACACUAAAAUCCCUUGUCUCACAAAAUAUUAGGCUAUUCAAACAUAAAAGUCAUGACGACAUUGACCCAAUGGUAAAGUUUAUCAAAGAAUUGCAGAGUGAUUUGGAAGUGGUAUACGUUGGACAGAUGUGCCUUUCCUGGGAAUUUCUGCACUGGCAAUAUAUGAAGGCUUUAACUUUGUGGGAUUCUGACCCACGUGGGAUACGAAAAUACAAUGAAGUUGCUGGAGAGUUUCAACAGUUUCAAGUGCUCAUGCAAAGAUUUAUAGAAAAUGAACCUUUUCAGGGACAUAGAGUUCAAUAUUAUAUCAAGAGCAGAUAUGAUCUUCGUAAUCUUCUUCUUCAAGUUCCUGUUAUAAGAGAUGACAGAGUGAAAGAUAGAAACAAGGCAAGAACAAGAGAGAAAGAUGACUAUUCAAUUAAAAAUGACAUGCUAGUGGAGAUACUGGAAGAAUCAAUACGAAUAUUUUGGCGCUUUGUUAGAGCUGAUAAAGAUUGCUAUAGUGUGAUGGCAAAAGCGAAAGGUCAAAAGGGAAUUCAUCCAGAGGUUCAAGAAGAGGAUGACUUAGAGCUUUUACUGGAGAUCAGAAAAAAUCUUGAAAAGAAAGAGAAGAAGCUGCAGGAUGUUUUGAGAAGUGGAAAUUGCAUAUUAAGGAAGUUCAGGAAGCAAAGAGAAGAGGAUUCAGAUCAUGUACUUUACUUUUUCUGUCAAGUAGACAUGAAAUUAGUGGCUAGGGUCCUGAACAUGUCAAGGCUAACGAAAGAUCAACUAGUGUGGUGUCACAACAAAUUAAGCAGGAUUAGUUUUGCACAUAGGAAAAUACAUGUAGAACCCUCUUUUUUGCUCUUCCCUUGUUAAUAAUAGUCAAUUUUUAGUAUCAAUUAUGCCAACAAAUUUCUUUGUUUAUUAAAUCUUUCGGCCGUGAAAGGA